ACGGAAGAGACCUCGCAAAGCAGAGGAAGCUGACAGAGGAACCAGCGAUAUUUUUGUGCAAACAUGAAGCAGUAAGCAUCAACCUCAGUCAUUCGUUUUUUGUAUUCUGAAAAUGGAGUGGGGAGGAGAAUACUCUCUUGAUUCUUCCAAUUUAGACUGUUUGUUAAAUGUCCUUCCUGGAGACAUGGAAUUUCAACAAAUCCUUAGUGAUCUUGAUGAAAAGAUAAAGAAGAACUCUUCUAGCAUAGAACAGUGUCUUAAAGACCUGCAAUCAGAAGUAAAUGAAAUAUGUUCCGAUGAAGUACUACAAAGUACAACUGACUGCCUUCAGUGGCUAAACAAUUGCAAUUUUAGUUCUCUGAGGCCUUCUUCUACACAACAUGGAGAACUUAUGGAGUUCCUUCGGACCCUGCAAACCUUACUGAGGAGUGAGCAAAAUCAAGAAGAAAUGAUACUUCACUUCCUUCUGGAUCUCUCUAGUCAGUGUGGUGUUUCAUUUCCCUGUACGCCAAGUGGGACAUCUUCUGAGUUUUGUGAGUUAACAUCUUCCCUUUAUGCCAUUGAGGAUGAUUCAACUAUGGAUGUGAAAUCUCUCUGGGAUGAUGUGCGACUGCAUCUUCGACGAUUUUUGGUAAAUAAACUGCAAAGUCAAGAAGAGACAAAUACUCUUGCUUUACAACAACAAAUGGAGUUUAAAACUCAGUGCAUACAUCAACUUUUGUUUCUUUAUCCUGAAUCAGAAGUCUUAACGAGGUACCAAAAUAUGCAGAAUAAACUGGUUAGUGAUCUUCUACAGAACUGUAUUUUGUCUAGUUGCGGUGAAACAAAUUUUGAUAAGGUGGUUCAUGGUUAUCAAAGUUCCAUACCCACACUGUGCACAAUGAUAAAAGAGGAUUUGUAUAUACUAAGUGGAACAAUCAAUCCUUCUUCAUCAUUGAAGUUUAUUAAUGAAACUUAUCUGGAUACCAUUACUGAAGAAAUGACAGUUCUUCUUGAAAGACUUUGUGAGCUGCAGUUCAAAGAAAAUGCACUACAUAUAGUUAAGGCAAGCAAGAUUUCAAAGAAGCAUAGAGGAACAGUUCAUGCUGUGGCUCCACAAGAAUUCCACAGAAAAGGAAGGAACUUCUGCUUAACAUUGUAUCAACUCAAAUGUCUUUCUCAACUUAUCAAACUUUUUUUAUUAAUGGAAGAAAAAAUUGAGGAGCUCUCCGCAGAAGUUCUGUUGGUGCCUUCAUUUACAGAGAGGAAUAAGAAUGUUCAAGGAGUUCUGAAGAAAGCUAGUGGGGAGCUUUUAACAGGAGAAACUAGAGCAAAUGAAACCAGUGUGCUUCCUGAACAGUUACUUCAGGUAGAAGAGCCUGUUUUACUGAAUUUUGGCUGGAGAAAUGCUUUUAAAGAUCUGUCUUCUUCUGUGGCUCACUGUGUAACAAUAGCAAUCGAGGAUUUUUCAACUAAAAUUCUUCAGCAUGAGCAGAAUGGAGAGUCUUCAGCUGCAGGCUAUACAAUGAGUCUUGUAAACAACCAGCAAAUGAGGGAGUCCUGCAGAGCAGUCCAACAGGAGGAGCAACCAAAACGAAUUGCUAAGUUUUGUUCUGACAUCAUGGAAGAACUUGACACAUUGCUUCCAUUGGCUCUGGCAUGCAGAGAAGAUUCUCUUCAGGAAAUUAGAGCAAACUUUGUAGAGGCCUGCAGCAAAGUGACAACAUCUGUCCUGGCAAGACUAGAGGACAAAAGCAAAGACGUUCCCUCCAAAGCUCCUCUGCAAGACUUGUAUGCUGCCCUUUCCACAGCAAUAUAUGUCUUUCAGCAUCUUACAAUGUAUAGCAAUUUAAUGAGAGAAACGAGCAAAAAACCCCUGUUCCUGGUGCCUAUCCAACAAUAUCAGGAAUUCAUCAACGUUCUACAGUUUCAAGUUACGAACUACUGCGUCAGAGUUUGUGCUACAAGCAUUUUACAGGAUGCUGAGAGCCACCACUGGGAUGACUACAAAGCUUUUUAUGAGGGGGAAAGAUGCUCCUUCUCUGUCCAGAUGUGGCAUUAUUUCUGCUGUGCCCUUCGUCAUGAUCUAUGGACUAUACUACCUCCCAAGACAGCCCAAGAGAUUCUUACAGAUGUACUAGAGCAGUCUUUGGCUAUGCUGUCAUCCAGAUAUCGUCAGGCCUGCCCCAGUUACAAAAGGACACCACAAAUCAGGAUUGAUAUUGCAGCAGUUUUGAUGUCUACUGAAGAUAUGCUCUGGUCAGUUUGCAGCUCUGUACAGGAGUUUCUGAAUCCACAUGAAGACAGAGAUCUCAAGAUCUAUAAAAUACAUAGCCACUGCAAUAGUCUGCUCUCUGUGCUGACUAUUUUAACCUCACCAUUGAAAAAUUUGUAUGAGACAUUUCUGGACAAUCCUGACAAACAUUUUCCUCAAGAUUUUUCAAAAGUCUUUUAUCAUCCAUUACACUGGUUAUUUUGCAUGCCAUCAUCCUGUUCUUCCUUACUGAAGAGUUCAUCAGCCAGAGAAAUGACAGACCAGGGUCAGCUGAAACUGCUCUUAGCCCAACCUUACUGCAAUUUGAACUUGCUUUUGGAAACAUUGUUAUGUCAUGAUUGUCUGUUAGUGAAGAUUUUACUGAGAAGUUCGAGAAAUGAAGUAUUAAAUCAUGCCGAACAAAGUUCUCUCUUAGAACAGAUGAGUAACAAAGAGUCUACUUUGAUUGAAAAAAUCUUCACAGUAUUGUCUUACUGCACUUUAUCACCCAAAUCUCUUGGCAUUGCUUUUGAGACCUACAUGGAAAAAGAGCAGUUGUGGAAUUGCUUAUACAAUAUGACAGUUUCCAGUUGUGGUGAGUUGGAGCCAGAGGUUAUCAGAUGCUUGAAACUGACUUUGAUUAAUUCAGUCAAGGGUAUAGUGAAGCAGAUAAUUUCUUUGAUGCAUUCAUGGGAGGCAACAGAAAACUAUGGAAUGUACCAGCACAGGCAAAUAGUUCCUGAAAGUUUACUGAAAACUGUUCCAAAGGAAUGGAAUUACACUCCUCGAGAAAUGAAGAGAAAAGAAUCUGGGAAAUGCUUCACAAGACUUGCAGCUCAGGCAGUAUCUAUUGUAAUCAGCAAGUUACCUACAGUGAUUGCAUGUUUGCCUCCCCCAAUUAAGUACUUCUUUUUUCUGGCUGAGAGAAAAAUGUCAAGAAACUUUGCUGAAUUGAAGAAAGCUGGUCUGCUUGUCUGGAAUUUGAUUGUAAUUAUAUGUCGGAUAUUUGAGGAUGGAAAUACUGCGGAACUUUUAACAGGUGCAACACUUGACAGAUGGAGCAAAGAAAAACUCAGUUUAGUUCGUGUGUGCUUAGAAAGUAUUAUGGGAAAAGAAAAAAGUGGUCCUAAGCAAGUGACCCAGAAGGUUAUACAAAACAUUGAACAGCAAAGACCAAACUGGAUUGAAAACCAAUUGCGGAAGGCAAGAAAAUUGAGCACAGACUGUGUCACAGUAGAAGGCACAACGUUAGAGGAAGGAGGCAUUGCACUUGGAUUCACUGAGCAGAAAAUAAACACGAUGGUCCUGGAUAUCUGCCACAAACCAGGUGGCAGCGAGUACCUGAGGCAAAUUUAUCACAUCAUCCGGCUCAAUGAGGAAUAUUUGAAAGAGCAACUGUCUUGUGAGAAUUCUUCUGAAGAUGAUGUUACCUCCAGUCAAACUUUGACACUGAAGGGCAGAGAGGAGCAGCCUUCCUUCAACCCUUUCCAGGUGUACAGACAGUCUUGUGAAAAAGUGUUCAACCAGUCAACCAUUACUGAAUGGAGCUGGGAUUGGUCAAACUUGCUGCCAAGUUAUUUGAGACUGAAUCAAAUGACCUUCAGGGUGCUGCUGGCACACAGGUGGGAAAUGAGAGAAUGUGCAGAUCUUGAAGAUGAGGAGAAAGUUAUGGUGGAACAUUUAAAAAAUGUUUAUUUGACACAGAGCACUCCUACCUCAGAGGAUAAAGAAGAAUAAUUACCUUGACAGGUUUCGGGUAGCACCUUUUUCUGAAUUCAACUUGAUUAACUUAAUGGCUUAGUUAUAACUGACAGGACUAGAAAGCUCAGGAAUAUAUAUCUUGAGUAGGAGUUUUAAACAGAAGAAUGUUACCCUGUUAUUGUCUAGUCACCCCAUUCAGACAGCAAUUGUUCACACAUGCAUAAGGUGAGCAACAAUAUAUUAAAAUGUCAAUGUCACAAAACAAAGAAGGUGUAUCUUGAUACUGUGGAAGCAUAAACCUCAAUGACAAACCAAGAAUUGUUUUAAAAGUGUAAAAUCUCACUCUAAAAAUAAUGCAGCUUUGGACACGUGCUAAUCAAACACCC